AUAUGGAGUUGUGACAACGAAAUGAGGGUAGUGGAGAGCGUGGUCAGCAUGGAUAGCAACACCGAAGUUGAACGCAACCUCCCUGCACCAGGCCAGCAUGGUCCUAUCGACAGGUAACCCCAUGUUGCUAUACUCCAAGCACCAAUUCUAAAAAGUUUACCAGGGUCGAAGCAAGGGAGUCCAUGCAGAAGAUUCUUUCAGAUCCAAUGGUCAUCAAAGAGGUAAUGAAGCUUAAUCUUCCAAAGGACGCCAUUGUUCAGUGUGACCCUUGGAUGUACGGAGCCGACCGAGACUCAACCCGUGAUACUCACAAACUCAUCCAAUCUCUUCUUUACGUUCGUGCGCCUCAUAAUCAUCCCGACAGUAACCAGUACUCCUUCCCUCUGCCAUUCUCGGCCGUUCUAGACGUGUUUCUUGGGAAAGUCGUGCGAAUAGAUGCCUUAGCAACCGGGGGAAAAGAAGACUGUCUUGCUUACUACACUAGUGGUACACAUCCAAUGGCUCACUGUGUUGAGCAUGAAUACUAUCACGAGAUUCAAAAAGAGUGUCCACGGCAAGAUGUGAAACCCUUGCACAUUGUUCAACCGGAGGGUCCUAGCUUCACGGUCACGGACGAGAACUGCAUUUAUUGGCAGAAAUGGAGCUUCAGAGUCGGAUUCCAUUACCGUGAAGGCAUGACAUUGCAUGAUAUACGGUAUGAUGGUAGACCCCUCUUCUACAGGCUGAGUAUGAGCGAGAUGACGGUUCCUUACGGAGAUCCAAGGAGCCCGUAUCAUCGAAAGCAAGCAUUCGAUGUCGGUGAUGCUGGAGCAGGAAGCACGGCGAACACUCUAUCCCUCGGCUGCGACUGUUUAGGAAGCAUCAAGUACUUUAACGGGUGGCUAAAUGACGACAAAGGAAAUCCCGUGAAGGCAGAGAACGUAAUAUGUCUCCAUGAACAAGACGGUGGAAUUGGGUGGAAGCACACAAACCACCGAACCCAGCAUCCAGCUAUCACCCGAGCACGGAAUCUCGUUAUCCAAAGUAUCCUCACAGUUGGGAACUAUGAGUAUGUCUUUGCUUGGGUCUUCAUGCAAAAUGGUAACAUAGAAUUUGAGACUCGCGCUACUGGUAUCAUGUCUACAUCCUUGAUUGAUGUUGGCAAAACAUCGCAUUGGGGAAAUGUGGUUUCUCCCGGGGUACUUGCAACUAAUCAUCAGCACCUGUUUUGCCUGAGGAUCGAUCCCAUGCUUGAUGGCCCCGAGAACAGCAUAAUACAAGAGGAGUCAAUUGCUAUUUCCCAGUCAGAACAAGAGAAUCCCCAUGGAAAUGCCUGGCGCGUCAUGAAGACAAUAUUCGAACGCUCUGGUCACGCCGAUGCUAAUCCUUUCACAAACCGCUGCUUCAAAAUCGUAAACGAGAGCGUCAUAAACCCUGUGUCCGGAAAUACUGUCGGCUACAAACUUGUCCCCCAACCCUGCCAACUCAUUCUCGCUGGCCCCGACUCAGUCGCCCGCCGCCGCGCCCGCUUCGCCGAGCACCACAUCUGGGUAACCCGCUACCGAGAUGGCAAUCUCUGGGCCGGGGGGAAAUGGACGAAUCAAUCCAUCUCAGAGGUCGAUGGUGUGCAGGACUACGCAUCUAGAAACGAGGACGUACGGGAUCGUGAUAUUGUUCUUUGGCAUACCUUCGGUAUGACGCAUAAUCCAAGGGUAGAGGAUUACCCAGUGAUGCCGGUCGAGAUCAUAACGAUCAGUCUCAAGCCGUCAGAUUUUUUUGAUAAGAACCCCGCGCUAGAUGUACCGCAAAGUAGGCAGGAGGUUAAUAAGAGUGUUCUGGUGCAGGAUUCUUUGCAGAGUGGGUGGAAAGAGAUGGGUGGUGCGGAAUGCUGUGGGUUAAAGGCAAAAGUUUGGAAUUCUGGUACGGAUAUGUGCCUCUGA